CAAUGCAACAGCUUCUUCGAGCUCAAAGUUCUGUAUCGCAUUAGGGUUUUGUUUUUGCUUAGGAUUUCGUUGUGUUAUUGAAAUUUAAGGUAUUUGUGUUUUUAUUUGUGAUUGGUUCAAAUGAAUAAAAUCGCCUCUUCUUUCGGCUACAAGUGUUGAGAUCUUGCGAUCGAUUUCUUGAUGGCUUUGUUCUGGAGGCGUAUAUUGAUUCUCUAAGUUAUGGGGUUUUUUCUUUCGUCCAGAUUUUGUGUUUUAUCACAAUCUCUGGUUCCUCCUACUUAGCAGAAAAUAUUGGCCACAGGAAAUCGUAUUGGAUUCAUUAAUGGAUGGUGGAGAAUAAAUACGUUAAUCAGAUUAACACAAUGUAUGAAGAACAAACUCCAUGGCUUGGAUUGGAGAACUUCUUUUAUUGUAUUAUAUGGCCCUUCAAUUUCGUUCUCUCUCUUCUCAUUUUUUCUACCUCGGGGACACUCAUUUCUUCGUAGAAGAAUUCGUAACUUGAACAUCAAGAGUUAGAAGGCUGAAGAACAAAUAGCUUACCCCUCUCUUAACGAACUUGAUCCAAUUCCAAACCUUUUUUCUGUCAAUUCUUCCACGACCCCUCCGUCCAUCCUGUUGCAAAUUCACUGAGCCGAGAAAUCGAUGUCUACUUUCUACCUUCAUCUUAAAGAUGGUUACGUUAACAUGGCUGGGUUCCCAAAACUCCGGAUCAACACAAACCCAAUCUCCUCCUCAUUGUCAAUGGGGGAAUGCCAUACGCAUCUUCACACCUCACUUCAAUGUGUAUGUGCCAGACCUUGUCUUCAUUAGGGACUCAGAUCACAACUGGGCUAGAGCGGUCUCGCCUGUAAUGGCUGCCAACUCAGUGCAGAAGCUGAGCCUCGUCGGGUUGAGCUAUGGUGGCUUUGUCGGGUAUUGCUUGGCAGCGAGAAACAGGGUGCUGGUGGAGAGGGUGGUGAUAUGUAGCACAGGGGUUUGUAUGGAAGAGAAGGACCUGAGGGAAGGGUUGUUCAGAAUCUUGGACUUGGAGGAGGCAGCUGAGAUUCUGGUGCCCCAAGAUCCUAAGAAAUUGAAGGAGUUGUUGAAGUUUUCCCUCUUCGGCCUCCACUGCUGCAAAGAUAUGCACCAUAAUAUUACAAUGUUUACUAUCACCUACUAGCGUCCCAAACACCUCAAGUGCAUUUUCUACAAGUGAGAUGGUGUAAUCAAGCAUCUCCACCUUCAUCCAAGUUUAGGUUUUGGAAUCUUCAACUUCAGUUUGUGACUAUUGCUCUUUGACAGGCUAAGUGUAGUGAAUAUGAAGAAGAAAGGAGAGUAAAUAAAAGCCAUUCCGGAAGAUAGGAAACAUCCAACAGGCUGGUUUCAUCUUCUAACAUGCCUUCAUUUCAUUCCAUUCCAUUUCAUCCAAGUUUUAUCUUUUCUUCUUAAAUCAUGUGCAAAGAAUAACCUCUGAUUUGAAGCAGCCAACAUCGAUAAUUUGGGGAGAAGGUGACAAGGUGAAUAUUAGAAAGGCUAAAAGGGUAGUGUCUCUAAGAUGAUCUUUCCAAUCAAUUGCGUUUUGUUUUGGUUUACUCUUUCCAAGUCUACAAGCUCUAAAUUUUCGGGCAUUUGGGAGAGAGUGCUCAACUUGUAGUAAUCAAGAAUGCAGGGCUUGCGUGUGAUUUGGAAAAGCCCAAGGAGUAUUAUCACCACUUGUAGUCCUUCCUUGGCAUCAAGCAGAAUAAUCAUAAAUGAGCUUUGGGUCUAAUUUCAAUCAAAAGAUUCGUCAAGAGGCCUCUCUAGUCUGUAUCAUUAAAUUGUUAAUGACUCGGUAAGGUCGAACCAACUGUCUGUUUUGGUAAACAAGUACUUGUUCACAAUGACUACUCCAGUAGCGAAUAUACUACUACUCGCCUAUAAAUUGUUAAGGAGACAGGAUAGAGAUGUACCUUGGCGCAAUUGUGUUGCUGAUAAAGAAAGAAAUAAAGUAUUCUCUCUCGAA